AGGCCCUCCCACAAGUGAAUCGCCACAUGUUUUGCGCUCACUAUUUGUUCCAUUUUGGUUUUUUGCGCGUUCUCUUGUGAAGAUCUAUUUUUGUACGACCACGACAAUUCGCGAACGUCGAUUCAUUUGCGCCGUGUUUUUUCCACGCCUUGCGAAUUGUAGCACUGUGAAGAAGUAUAUUUUUUACAUUCUGGGUAAUUGACUUCAUUAGUGGUCAUCCGAUCGCGUUUCAUUUUUCCGUAUUCGCGGUCCAUUGUCACAAUUCGAUUUCCCUCCGUGGUCUAUAGGUGAACAGAGAGUUACCGCAGAGUUUCGACUGUAACACUGUUAGGCUCGAGUUACCAAGAUGUUGUCAAAAUUGCUUUUCGCUGCUCCGCUUCUCGCGGCAGCGAAGGAAGUCAUUGUGGGUACGAAAGACAACUUCGACGAAUUGAUUUCGACGAACACCGGAGGUAAGAGUUUUUGUCUUUUGAUUUGUCUCCGACCAGCAAGUUCAGGUGCAGCAGCGGGUUCGUUAUCGAACAUACUACGAGCAAGAUCAAAGGAAUAAAGCAAGCUCAUUUGUUGAUGUUCCAAUGCUCAUCCAUAUCAACAACAUCCCAGGUGUCCUGGUUGAGUUCUACGCGCCAUGGUGCGGGCACUGUAAAAAGUUGGAGCCGGAGUACGCGAAGGCAGCAACGAUGUUGGCAGACGAAGAGAUUAAAGUGCCUCUCGUGAAGGUCGAUGCCACCGUGGAGACCAAGCUCGCAUCAGACCACGGCGUGAACGGGUACCCCACCCUCAAGUGGUUUGUUGGUGGCAAGCCGAACGACUACGACGGUCCGCGCGACUCCGCGGGCAUUGUGACCUGGAUCAAGAGCAUGACCGGGCCGGCGGUGGUCGAGGGGGAGCCGAAGGAAGACGACAAGCUCUCCGUCACGUGGUAUGGUCCCGACAUGGCUCUGUUCGAGGAGGUUGCCUCCGCCAACCGCAAGAAGGCCAGCUGGUGAGGACAUUAUUAUAAAUAGAAGGACUAUAAGGGAAAAAAUCACCACAACCUUCAGAAGAAAAUUCUUCAGAAGAGCCCUCAGAAGAAUGAAAAAAUCUUCUGAAGGUUCAAAGAUAGGCACUUCUGAAAAAAGAGAAAAAUGAAACGGACGCAGGUGCUGUUUCAGAACAAAUGAUUUGUUUUUUCAAACUGCAGAAGGUUUUGUCGAUUUUGGACCUUCAGUAGGUGUUCAAUAACCUUCAGAAGCUUUUUGAUAAACAAAAGCUUCUGAAGGUUGUGACGCAGCUCAUUUUUGACCUUCAAGAAGGUUUUGACCUUCUGAAGGUGAAAUUGUGAAAACCUUCUGAAGGCUGAACAAAAAAACUGGCAUUUUUUUACAAAAAAUAUGCAAAAAGUGGCGCGUCAUUUUUGGACCUUCAGAAGGUCAAAAAACCUUCCUGAAGGUCUUCUGAAGGUUGGCAUUCUUCUGAAGGUGCGAAAACCUUCUGAAGGUUUUCUGCAGCUUGCAAACCCAAAGCGCGCUUUUUUCGACUAACGCGCCGCGUGGAAAGAGCGCGACUGGGCCUCGUUCGCGUUUAGAUGCUUCGCGCACUGCUGUCGCGAUUCCCGUCGCUCAAGAAGCGCCUGGCACUUUGACAAGAGAGCAAAGCUGCCCGCUUUUGUAAAAGCAAAAAGCGAGGCCUGGCUAGGUAGCGGACAACAGGCGAGCUCUUUCCUGGUUUCUUCCUGAUCUGGCCGGGCCUCCGAAAUAAAAAAAAGCCGCCAAAGCUGCCAACUAUUGCAAAGCAAGAAGCGAGCUCGUUGCUUGUUUGUUAGUCGGGACCUCAGAGGCGAAGCCAAAAGCUGGCCGUCUUUGUCUUCUCCCGAAUUUGGCCACUUCGAGAGAAGCCAAACGCGGCCACUUUAAUUAUUAGUGCCGACAAAGUCGAGCGCGAAAAAUUUUCAGGACGGACUGGCAUUGAAAUGGGGCCGACGCUGAAGAGUUUUUUUAUUUUUUCCCACGCGGCGCGCGCCGCGUGGAUUGGUUCUUAUACAUUGGCAUCUGGAGUUCUUUGUCUUGAGUGCUGGAUCAUGCUAGCUUGCUUCUUUCGUGAUCCAUGGCGCGGCCAGCGAUCUUUUCUUGUGUAGUUCACUACUUAUUUCUCAUUCUCAGCAGUCUUCUGCGUCAUAACCGAUUGAUAUAAAGUAAAUCUAAAUAUGUACUUUUCUGCGUCAGUGGAGUACUGUGUUUUUUGAUUUAUUUCUCGCGAUACUGGAAGCAACAUAUGAUCCUAUUCAUCUCGUGCAGGUAUCACGUGAAAGCGGAUGCCCCGAAGUUGGUCAUCAAACACUUGGGCGAAGACGCGGUCGAGAGCACUCCGGCCACCAAGGAAGAGAUUGAGAAGGCCUACAAGGAUUCCAGCUUUCCGCUGUACGGCGGCCUUGACGGCGAGACCUUCGGAACGUACAUGGAGCGUGGAAAUGGUAAUAAAACUAAAAUCACUAUAUAUCUUUGGAGGUUGUAAGUGACCUGUACGUACUAGUUCUAGUCGAGGUUGCCUGCAUCCCAGCAGAAGAUUCUCGUGCCUUAGCGAAGCGAAUUUUUUACUGUCUUCCAUGAAAGAACAGAAGAAACACAACUACAGGCAUGAUCUGGACCCUGUUGCCGAUGACAACCGAUACCAUGAAGUCCGUGGUCGAAGAGUCCCGGGCCAAGAUGACCAAAAUCGCCAAGGAAUUGGGCUCCGACUUCUCUGUCACGUGGACCAAUACCGACGAAUUCGGCAAGGUCUUGGAGUCCAUGUUUGGCGUGACGGAAUUCCCGAAGGUUGUCGUUCAGCUGAAGGUACAGUACUAUGGAAAGAGAUAAAGUCAUCUUUGCUUUUAUGCAAUACAAAUUUCCCGUACAUGUACAAGAUGCAUCACAAACCUCACCAACUUGGGGUGUAAAGCUUGUCAUGCUAAACUAGGAUCGAAGCCAAGUUUUGUCUUGCAGAGACCGCAUAAUUUGUGCGUGUGCAGGAAAUCUGCUGUGGACAGCUUUUCGUUGUUUCAAGUCGUCGCUCGUGCGUGCCACAUGCCGCAGCGUCUAGAAGGAGAAACCCGAGGACUCCGCUUGUUCUGUCCCUGCUAGUACUUCUAGGGCGCAGGAGGCGAAGAAGAAAGUUGUAUUAGGUGUAGUUCCUCUGCCUAGUUCGUCGUCAAGUUGGUGUUUUUUUUUCGAUGAAAAAAAAUAAGUGAGCCGAAAAAAACUCCUCUGUCAUCUCACUCAAAACAGACCGGCGACAAGAAGAACUUCAUUUAUGACGGCGAAAUGACCGAGGACGCUAUCCUGGACUACAUCAAGAAGGUCAAGGCUGGUGAGGUGGAGCCGCACCUGAAGUCCGAGGAAGUCCCGGCAGAGCCCCAGGAGGAGCCAGUGAAGGUCAUCGUCGGAAAGAGCCUUCAGAAGAUGGUACAGCUGCCCACUAGUCGUGUGUCUGGCUUGAAUUCUUUUCUUAGCUUAUUGCUGUUUUUGGACGACGAUCCGAUCUUUGGAACUAAGAGGCAUUAACUGGUGGUCGUAAGAAGUUUAUUCUUGUUCUUGCCUCUAGAAGCUUGGUUCAUUCUCGACACGACUCCUCAUGAUCUUCUCCCGCUACGUUCAAUCGUCGCGCAAUGUCUAGAAGCAGUUGUGCGAAAGACAUCCGCAUGAUUGGCCACGAUCUAGGAAAUUUGUUGGGUGAGAACCUCCCGGAAUUUGAAUUCCAAUACACGGAUCAUACACACAGGUGUUCACCGAGGAGAAGGACGUGCUGCUCGAGAUCUACGCCCCGUGGUGCGGUCACUGCAAGAAGCUGGAGCCGGAGUACACCAAGGUCGCGAAGAAGGUAAAGAAGGAGGGCUUCGAGGACAUCUUGACCAUCGCGAAGAUGGACGGCACGCAGAACGACUCCCCGGUGGAGUCCAUCUCCUGGUCCGGCUUCCCCACCAUCUACUACGUGAAGGCCGGCGCCUCCGAGCCCACCAAGUACGACGGGGCCCGCGACGCCAAGGGCAUCUGGAAGUGGAUCAAGAAGAACCACUCCAAGGCGGACCUUAUCAAGGAGAAGCUGGCCGCCAAGUCCUCCAAGGACGAGGAAAAGAAGGAAGACAAGAAGGAGGAGCUGUAAGCAAGCAGCAGUUUGUUGUUCACGACAGCAACUUUUUUCGGACCCGUCAUCAAGGAAAGAAGUCGCUCCAUUUUCAGCGUACCGCUCACCUUCGGCGCGAGCAGCACAUCAGAGGGUCUACAACUUUGAUGGCCGCGCUUCUGGCCUUGCUCUUCUUGAGGUCACGAAGCACAAACUUUAUGAGUACUUUGACGUCGCAAGAGGAGGACACAGCGACAUACUGUAGUGGAGGAGACGGAUGAUCCCUGGCACUUUUCUUUCCAGCGUCAGGAGCAGUGGACACGAAAAAUGUACUCAGAAAAAUGUACCUUAGAAGCGUUGUCAUAUUUAUCACCGUGAUACUAUUGUCCUUUACAAUUUUUCAUCUACUUCUGUAUAUCAGUCUUCACAUACAUUUCCUAUAGUUUUCUAUUGUUCAAGUCCUCCGUUGGACACGAAUACGCAUUUGUGGUUCGUUUUCUCCUUUUUCGCAACAUGGAGCCCCUAAUGUCUGCAAGAAGUUGUAAAAGUGCUCCACCUAUUCGGACGUGCGUAAGUAUCAAUGUGGCGCUACUAAAUUGAGCACAAGCGCACAUGCCGCAAAUCAUGAAAUGGCCCCGAGACGACCUGAUUUGUGGUUGAUGAUGUGGCCGAGCCUCGGACUGGAAGAAUGAGCCACACGUUGAGAAGGCUCAACAUCUCUUGAUGUGGUGCGUCGUAAAUUUUACAGCUUCUUGGCCUUGUAUUCUGCUCCUUUCCUAGAAAGCAAGGUUAACCCAGCAGGCCACAAACACCCUAAUCGAAGAGCAUCGCUCCUGUACCGUCCAGACUGUGGUUUAAUUUUUUGGGUCUCGAGGGCCGCACAGGCGAAAAGCAAGAGGAGUCUUACUUUGCAAAGGUAACUACUUGCCUCCUCAAAUAAUCUCGUCGAAGCUAGAUACAUGUUCCCACUGUCCGAGUCUGAUAUGUCACUUGUUACGCCGCAGUCUGUCUUUGAAUGGGAAGAUUGAGUGGCGUUCUCAGACGAGAGAGUGGUGCGAAGCGCUGCAUGUAUUGAAUCGCCGCGAACG